AUGUUCUCUGAUGGAACCGAGGUGGCGGUGAAGAGGCUCGCGGCGCAGUCUGGGCAGGGGCUUGUUGAGUUCAAGAACGAGAUCCAGCUCAUUGCCAAGCUGCAGCACACGAACCUGGUCAAGCUCGUGGGUUGCUGCGUGCAGGAGGAGGAGAAGAUGCUGGUGUACGAGUACAUGCCCAACGGAAGCCUAGACUUCUUUAUCUUCGACCAAGAGCGAGGGCCCUUGUUGGACUGGAAGAAACGGCAGCGCAUAAUGGAAGGGAUCGCGCAGGGGCUCCUGUACCUACACAAGCACUCGCGGGUGCGCAUCAUUCACCGGGACAUGAAGGCCAGCAACAUAUUGCUGGACAAAGAUCUCAACCCCAAGAUCUCGGACUUCGGCAUGGCCAGGAUCUUCGGCUCAAACGUAAUGGAGGUCAACACCAACAGGGUCGUCGGCACCUACGGUUAUAUGGCACCUGAGUAUGCUUCGGAGGGCCUCUUCUCGGUCAAGUCUGACGUCUUCAGCUUUGGUGUGUUGCUGCUGGAGAUAGUGAGCGGCAAGAGGAACAGCAGCGGCCACGGCCAACACUACGGAGAAUUUGUCAACCUCCUCAGCUACGCAUGGCAGCUGUGGAAGGAUGGGAGAGCUUUGGAGCUGGUCGACCCGACGCUGGGCGACUGCAACGAGCAGGUGACGGACAUGAUGCGGUGCGUCAAGGUGGCGCUGCUUUGCGUGCAGGACAACGCCAUGGACCGGCCAACGAUGUCAGACGUGACGGCGAUGCUGGGCCACGACGGGGUGCCCUUGCUGGACCCGAGAUGGCCGCCGCAUUUCCACCUCAGGGUCACCAGCGACGAUGAAGAGGACCGUGCGGGCAGGUCAGGGACACGGUCGAUGCACUUCACCGGAUCGUGCAGCACCAACGACAUGACCAUCAGCACCAUCCAAGAAGGGAGGUGAUUGCUUUAUCCUAUUCCUGAGGGAACCACGUGUGUGUCCCCGUGUCUUAGUGAUGUGAAAAUGAGCACGCACUCCAAUAGGGAUAGCCACUUUUUACAUCACCAGGGCUUAAAAAUGAUGUUUCAACAGAUGAUAUAGAUGUAUAAAUUUUUACAUCACCUAUUACUUGUGAUGUACUCCCUCUGUAAACUAAUAUAAAAGCGUUUAGAUCACUAUUUUACUAUUCUAAAUGCUCUUAUAUUAGUUUACGGAGGGAGUAAAAUACAACA